AUGCACGCCCUGCCUACAUCAGCCGCGUCAGUGCUGCUCCCCUCCCGCCCAUGGCACCCACGGCACCAGCACGUGCCCGUGUCUGCUUGCUGCACACACACGUGCUCCUUUCACACGUGCUCCUUUCACAUGUGCUCUUCACUUCAUCGCUGCUCCCUCAAAUCCUUAACUCCUCCCCGCUGCCCAAACAACUCAUUUUGUCUUUCUAUCCCUUCUGUGCUCCCCUCUUCUUCCCUGUGCCUCCCCCCCUUCUAUUUGCGCCUCACCUGUGCCUCACCUGCGCCUCACCGGCGCCUCACCCAUCACACCCAUCACACCCGCACCUGCCUCGUGCACGCAGCAGUUCCUCCUUUCAUUGCUGACCCUUGCCUCUCCCUCUGCCCCCUGUCGUCUUCCACCUCCCUAAGCAACGCAUUCCUUCCGGUUCUCCCCUUCCUGUCGCCCUUCCUCCCCCUCGUACCUGCGCCGCACCUGCAUGAUGCCAUGCCAUGGCGCCGUCAGACCAUCGAGAUCGAGGCCCUGCAGCGGCUGUGGGCAGCACCAGCACCAGUGGCGCCGCCCAUCAUCCGCCUCCUGGCCACGCACGAGGACAGCCGCCACCUGCACAUAGUGACGGACAAGGCCCAGGGCGGAGACCUCUUCAUGGCGCUCGCAGCGCGCGCCUCCUUCACCGAGGCUGAUGCUGCUCACAUCGGUGCGUGGGGGAAGCACAUGAGAGCAUGCCAUGCACAUAGGUUCAUGGGCGCGAUUGAUAAUGCCAAGCACAGCCACUCUCUCAUUGGAGCUACGCGUUCGUCCUUCAAUUUCCCUUUUUCCUCUCCCCCAUCCUCCCUAACCUCCCCCGUUCCGCCGUACUCUCCCAUAACCCUCAGCCGCCUCAUGCCCCUUUGUCCCCUUCCCCACCCCUCCCCCCACCCAUCAGCGCGGCAGCUGCUGCAGGCAGUGGCGCUGUGCCAUGCGCGGGGCGUCACCCACCGCGACCUGGUGAGCGCGUUGCAGGGGGGCGUGCUGGUGGAUGACAGGCUGAAAUGGAGACGAGGGGGGGAAGGAAGUGUGGUGCGGUGGGCCAUGUGCGGUGGGCCAUGUGCGGUGGGCCAUGUGCGGUGGGCCAUGUGCGGUGGGCCAUGUGCGGUGGGCCAUGUGCGGUGGGCCAUGUGCGGUGGGCCAUGUGCGGUGGGCCAUGUGCGGUGGGCCAUGUGCGGUGGGCCAUGUGCGGUGGGCCAUGUGCGGUGGGCCAUGUGCGGUGGGCCAUGUGCGGUGGGCCAUGUGCGGUGGGCCAUGUGCGGUGGGCCAUGUGCGGUGGGCCAUGUGCGGUGGGCCAUGUGCGGUGGGCCAUGUGCGGUGGGCCAUGUGCGGUGGGCCAUGUGCGGUGGGCCAUGUGCGGUGGGCCAUGUGCGGUGGGCCAUGUGCGGUGGGCCAUGUGCGGUGGGCCAUGUGCGGUGGGCCAUGUGCGGUGGGCCAUGUGCGGUGGGCCAUGUGCGGUGGGCCAUGUGCGGUGGGCCAUGUGCCUAUGGCGGGGCGGAGGGGCGGUCAUGCAAUCGCACUUGCGGGUCAGCCCCACGCUUCUGCCCCUCCCCACUGCUGCUCACACCACCUACCCUCGCUGCACGUUCCCUCCCCUGCGGUCCCGUCCUCUCCACCCCCUCCGCCUGUCAGAAGCCGGAGAACAUACUACUGUCGGAUGUGCACGCGCUCACCAUCAAGCUCGUGGACUUCGGCAGCGCUGCGCUCUUCCACCCCGCUCCCGCGCCCGCCCCCACCAGCGGCAGCAGUGGGGGCGAGGCAGUGCAGGGCGGGGAGGACAGGGUGGUGCUGCGCGACUUCAUGGGCACGGCGUUCUACGCGGCACCUGAGGUGUGGCGCCAUGCGUACGGCGCGCAGGCAGACGUGUGGAGUGCGGGGGCUGUGGUGGCUGUGCUGCUCACAGGGCCGCCCCCCAGUGGCCUCACGCGCGCCACCGUGCACAGCAAUGCCACAUGGCAGGCCAUGCAGGGGAUAGUUCCAACAUUACCCCCGGAAACCUCGCCAGCAGCGCAGUCAUUCUUGCAAGCUGUGUUGGAGCCCGACCCCUGCAAGCGCCCUACAGCCGCCCAGGCGCUGCUGCACCCGUGGCUGGGCGGCACUGCAGCGGGUGGUGGCGAGGGCGAUGCAGGGGCUGUAGGCGUUGCAGGGGACGGCAGUGGACACGUUAUGGUGGCGACUGGUGCUUCCCAGGCCCGUGCACACAACCCAGGUGCAGCGCUCGAGGCGGGCGCAGGGCAGGCGAGUGUGAAGGAGAGAACGACAGGGGCCACAUCAGAAACUCGGGACGAGGGGACAGGGAAGACAGGAGAGAAGGACAGGGAGAGGGACGAUGAGAGAGGGGAGAGGGAAGGGCGGGUGGCGGGGAGACAGGUGGAGCAAGAGGAAGAGGGGGUGUUACGGAACGGACAGGUGCAGGGAGGGGCGGGCGCGGCAGCAGAGGGGCGUGUACGGGGAAGCGUGCAGCUGGAGGGGUCGCUGCGAGGCUUCCGCCUGUACGCAGCUACCAGGAAGCUUCAGCGCGCGUGCGUUGCCCUGCUGUCACUGGAGCUCAGCGAGUCAGAGUUCCGCCAGCUCGUGCGCCACCUGGCGACUGCCACGUCAGCACCGGGCACGUCACUAGAGGCUGUGAGCGAAGCAGGUGGGACUGUGGAGGUGCGGAGCGAUUACGGGGGUCAGCAGCAGUACCCCCAUUCGGCCAUGCUGUCUUUGUCAGCGCUGCUAGCAAGCCUAGACGCGCUGGGCCACCAGCAGUUGUCAGUGCAGCUCAUGGCCGUGUACAGCAUUGUCAUGGCCCAGCAGCACGUGGUUCCGCACAGCACAGUGCAUGUCAUGGCGGGAGUGGAGAGCGACGAGCGCGUGCGAGGUGGCUCUGGAAUCGCUGCUGCGCUGGGGAAGCAGCGCCAGGAGCAGCAGCAGCAGGGAGCAACGAGCACCUCCCUUAACCAUCAACCCUCGGGCCUGCCUCCCGCAACCUCCUCCGCUGCCAUCCCCCCCGUGCCUUUGUUUGACCUGGUUGACUUCUCUGCUCUGGCGAGGGGGAGAAGGGAGGAGAGGGUGGUGGCAGUGUGCAUGGCGGCAGCCUUCACGGGUCGCGGCGGUUCUUGA